CAAUCCUCCAACUCUGUGAGCCUGCCGGCAAACUCCAUUAGUGUCCGGAUCACGAACAAGCUCGUGUUGUUUUGUUAUCAUUCUCUAGAGCAGGGUGAACAUCUGGAUGCCUGCAGCUGGUGGACAGGGUGGAGUCCUGCAGCAGAGACAUCCACUCCAUGGCUCAGCGGUCAGGUUUUUUUGUUGCCCUCUUUUCAUUGAUGACACCGUGAACGAGGAUUGGAGCCGUAUCCCACCAGAAGCUGGAGCAUCUCCUGCUGAGUCCAGAGAUUUCAGAUUCCACGAUUGAGAGAUUCCCGGAGUGAACUGGGUGGCGAGCCGGACCGAACUAUUUGUUGUGGAAGUGUGCAGGAUUCCCUGAUUCUUGACCUCACGGACCGCGUGGUAGGACUAACUGAACACUAGUGCACUGACACUGAUCAAUAGCAGAGCCCCAACAAAACAAAGACUAAUUUGGGAACAGGUUUUCUUUCUGCCGGCUUUAUUAUUUCAGUUUGUUGUUUGUCAUUCAUUGUCUCAACAGACUGUUGUUUUCAGCUGUUUCUCCGUCUGUUUUUACGAUGUGGCCACACAUCCAAGUUAUCGUUGUCUGCGUCAUUAUUGAUGCUCAAAAAUACUGGCUCUAAACAACUAAGCUUCUUCUGAUACUGGCCCAUGUACUAUUAUAGAUCUUUACUUACCUGUGCUGUUAUCACACCAUAGUAAGAGUUACACUGGUCUCAGGUACGAGGAAGAGAAAGUCAAACAGUCUGUGUGAGCCAGAGGAGAAAUGGAGCAGCAAAGAAAUCAGUCGGAUUCAGAGAAACUCUCUUGUUCCAUCUGUCUGGAUCUACUGAAGGAUCCGGUCUCUACUUCCUGUGGACACAGCUACUGCAUGGACUGUAUUAAAACACACUGGGAUGGAGAGGAUGGGAAGAGAAUCUACAGCUGCCCUCAGUGCAGGAAGAUUUUCACACCGAGGCCUGAACUGCAGAAAAACGUCACGUUGGCAGAUUUAGUGGAGGAUCUGAAGAAGACCAGACUCCAAGCUGCUGCUGAAGAUCUCUGCUAUGCUGGACCUGGAGAUGUGUCCUGUGAUUCCUGCACUGGGAGGAAACUGAAAGCUGUCAAGUCCUGUCUGCAGUGUCUGGUCUCUUUCUGUCAGCAACACCUCCAGCCUCACUAUCAAUCUGCUGCUUUUAAGAAACACCAGCUGGUGGAGCCCUCCAAGAACCUCCAGGAGAACAUCUGCUCUCGUCAUGAUAAGAUGAUGGAGAUUUUCUGUCUCACUGACCAACAGUUGAUCUGUUCUCUGUGUUCCUUGGAUGAACAUAAAGGACAUGAAACCGUCUCAGCAGCAGCAGAAAGGAUGAAGAAGCAGAAGGAGCUGGAGGUGAGUCGACUGAACGUCCAGCAGAGAAUCCAGGACAGACAGAAAGACGUGGAGCUGCUUCAACAGGAGCUGGAGGCCAUCAGAGUCUCUGCUGAUAAAACAGUGAAGGACAGUCAGGAGAUGUUCACCCAGAUGAUCCAUCUCCUCCAGAACAGAUGGCGAGAUGUGGAGCAGCAGAUCAGAUCCCAGCAGAAGACGGAAGAGAGACGAGUCAAAGAGCUUGAGGAGAAGCUGGAGCAGGAGAUCAGGGAUCUGAAGAGGAAAGACGCUGAGCUGAAGCAGCUCUCAGAUACACCAGAUCACAGCCACUUCCUCCACAACUACCCCUCAGUGUCAGCACUCAGUGAGUCCAAACCCUUAUCCAACGUCAUCAUCCGUCCUCUGAGACACUUUGAGGACAUGACAGCAGCUGUGAAAGAGCUCAGAGAUCAUCUACAGGACAUUCUGAGGGACACGUGGACAAACAUCUCACUGGCAAUCACUGAAGUGGAUGUUCUACUGUCAGAACCAGAACCAAAGACCAGAGAUGGAUUCUUAAAGUAUUCAAGAGAAAUCACUUUGGAUCCAAACACAGCACACACAUGGCUGUUAUUAUCUGAAGGGAACAGUAUAGUAACAAAAAUGAGAGAAAACCAACGUUAUCCUGAUCAUCCAGACAGAUUCACUGAUUGGUUUCAGGUCCUGAGUAAAGAGAGUCUGACUGGACGUUGUUACUGGGAGGUGGAGUUGAGAGGAAGAGUUGAAGUAUCAGUGGCAAAGAAGAAUAUCUGCAGAAAAGGAAUCUCACAUGAAUGUAGAUUUGGAUUUAAUGACAAAUCUUGGGCUUUACGUUGUUACACCAACAGUUAUUCAUUUUGGUACAACAGAAUUAAAACUCCCGUCUCUGGUCCUCAGUCCUUCAGAAUCGGAGUCUAUCUGGAUCACAGAGCAGGUAUUCUGUCUUUCUACAGCGUCUCUGAAACCAUGACUCUCCUCCACAGAGUCCAGACCACAUUCACUGAGCCCAUACAUGCUGGAGUUUGGAUUUAUGGUGAUGGAACCACUGCAGAGUUCCUUAAAGUCAAAUAGAGUAAUUCCAGAGUCUGAGGGUCGGUUCAUGUUCAGCCCUGAUUUAAGUUCACGGCACACGACCGUUCAAAAGACUGGAUCACUGAGAAAUGUCCUGAUUUUAGACAGAAGAGAAGUUUUUGUUUCAACUUUAACUCAUUUAGAACAACUUUAACUCGUUUAGAACAACUUUAACUCGUUUAGAUCAACUUUAACUCGUAUAGAACAACUUUAACUCGUAUAGAACAACUUUAACUCGUAUAGAACAACUUUAACUCGUUUAGAACAACUGGGGGUGUUUCUGAGUUCCAUCCAUUCCCUCCUGCUACAUAUUUAGGUCACGUGAUCCGGUAUCCGUACAUAACGUCCACAUGCAUGACACACGCCUGUGCUCAGCUCAAGGUCGUUGUGUUUGUGGGUUCAUCUGUAUUAAAUGGACACAUUCUAUGUUGCUGUGAUUUCUGAUCAUCAAUAACUAAUAAUCAAAUGCUGCAUUUCUGACAAUGCCAUAUGGGGGAAUGAGCAGCCUUGGAGGAGGACUGAUCUCUGAGUGCUUUUCUUCUUUUCUAAAUAUUUCCCUGUUUUCUCAUUUCACCUUCUCACAAACUAUUUAGCAGCUUAAAAAUGUCCUAAAAAUGUAACAGUGAAGGACUUUUAACGUCCUUCUCAAUCUGCUCUUUGCUUUCCUUUCAUUUACAUUCAUGUUUCUUCAACCUCAUGUUUAGUGAUGCAUUUAAGGAACCAGCUGAGGUGAAGGAAAAAUCAGCUUUUUCUUCAAAUGUGCACUUCAUUUCUCUUUCUCAGGGAUAUAUAUGUAGAGAAUGUGUUGGAUUUGUAUUUUAUUUGUUUUUUCUGGGGACAAAUAACGACAUUUUAUUGCAGUCAGUCGUCAUUUAAUAAUCUGACUUGGUGAUUUUUAAUUUUGUUGGUGUGUUUUGUUUAGUUUGUGAUUCAGCUUCAUGUUAAUCUGCAAAUAAAUGACAAAUGAACACAG